AUGGCCGCACAAGACCUCAUCAAUAUUCUCGAGCGAACAGCCACCGGAUCUCAAGCCGAUUUGGAGAAUGCCCGAAAUUUUCUUGCUAAAGCAGCCGAACAAAACUUGCCCGAACUGUUAAAACAACUUUCUGAUAUUUUAAAUACGACGACAAAUAAUCCAACAGCACGUACACAAGCAGCAUUGCAACUUAAAAAUGCACUCUAUUCACGAGAUAAUAUAGAAGCUUUUCGAGAACGAUGGCUUCGCAUACCCGACGAUAUCAGAGCACACGUGAAAAAUAACUGUUUCAAUGCUCUCGGUACCGAAACAUCCAAACCAUCACAAGCAGCUCAAUGCGUCGGUUAUAUCGCUUGUGCCGAAUUACCACGAGGCCAAUGGCGAGAUUUAAUCGAACGAUUGGUUGCUAAUGUGACAACGGUCGGUAGACCUGAUAAUAUCCGUGAAGCAAGUUUGGAAGCACUUGGUUAUAUAUGUCAAGAUAUUGAACAAAAGGUACUUGAACCUCAGAGUAAUGUUAUUCUAACUGCACUUGUGUAUGGCAUGCGUAAAGAAGAAACCAAUGAUCAUGUACGUCUUGCUGCAACAACAGCCAUGUUGAAUUCGUUGGAAUUUACCAAAAACAAUUUCCAAAAUGAUAGUGAACGACAUUACAUUAUGCAAGUUGUAUGCGAAGCCACACAAUCAACUAAUUUAAAGAUUCAAGUUGCAGCUUUGCAGAAUCUCGUUAGAAUUCUGAGCUUAUACUAUGACUACAUGGAAUACUACAUGGGUCCUGCAUUAUUUGCGAUUACUAUGGAUGCAAUGAAAUCUACCCAUGAUGAAAUAGCCUUGCAAGGUAUCGAAUUUUGGUCGAACGUCUGUGACGAGGAGUACGAAUUACAAUUAGAUCAACAAGAAGCACAGGAACAAAAUCGUCAACCAGAACGAGCAAGUCGUUACUAUGCACGCGGUGCAUUACCAUACUUAGUACCCGUUUUAUUACAACGUUUAACUAUGCAAGAAGAAGCAGAUGACGAUGACGAUUGGAAUCCAUGUAAAGCUGCUGGUGUCUGUUUGAUGUUAUUGGCUAAUUGUGCCGAAAACACAAUUAUUCAAUAUGUGUUUCCAUUUGUCAGUGAAAAUAUCAAACACGCCAAUUGGCAACAUCGUGAAGCAGCGGUCAUGGCGUUUGGUUCGAUGUUAGAAGGACCUGAUGUAGCAAGCAUAAAACCAAUUGCUGAACAAGCGGUACCAUUUUUGCUUGAAUUAUUACGCGAUCCAAAUGUUGCUGUACGUGAUACAACAGCGUGGACAAUUGGACGCAUUUUUGAAUUCGUUUCACAAGCUGUAAUGACUCCGGAAUUAAUUCGAGCGAUUGGCAAUGCAUUAGUCAACGGUUUGGGAGAUGUUCCACGUGUUGCAACGAAUAUUUGUUGGUCAUUUUCGAGCUUAGCUCGUGCUGCAUAUGAACAUGCUGAAUGUCCAGAUGAUGAUGAUACGCCAAAUACCUAUUUAUUGUCCCAAUUUUUCGAUGAAAUCGUUCACAAACUCAUUGAAACAACAGAUAGGCCAGAUGGUAACCAAUCUAAUUUACGUAAUGCCGCUUACGAAGCAUUGAUGGAAAUGAUUCGUCACAGUCCUAAAGAUUGCUACAGUACUGUUCAAAAGACCACAGUGACUGUACUUGAUCGAUUAAAUCGAGUCAUAUCAGUCGAAAGUCAUGCAGCUAAUCCAAAUGACAGAGUACAAAUUAGUGAUCUUCAAUCAUUACUUUGUGCGACACUUCAAAGCGUACUUCGCAAAAUGCAUCCAAAUGAUGCUCCACUCAUAUCAGAUCCAAUUAUGCAAGCUUUAUUACAAAUGCUCAAAGCAAGUAGUGGAAAGACAAGUGUUGUGCAAGAAGAUGCACUUGUCGCGAUCGGCACUCUAGUUGAAGUAUUGGGAGUCAAUUUUCUCAAAUACAUCGAUCAUGUUCUUCCAUUUCUUUAUGAAGCAUUAAAUAACCAUGCUGAAUAUCAGAUAUGCGCAGCUGCUGUUGGUGUUGUUGGAGAUUUAAGUCGCUCGUUACUCGAUAAAUUAGCUCCGUAUUGCGAUCUAAUAAUGACUCAUUUGCUUACUUGUCUCGGUGAUGAUAGAUUACAUCGUUCCGUCAAACCUCAAAUUUUAAGUACAUUCGGUGAUAUUGCUCUAGCCAUCGGUGGUUAUUUCAAAAAAUAUCUGGAACAUGUUUUAAAUACUCUUAGUCAGGCAUGUCGUGCUCAAGUUUCGAAAACAGAUUACGAUAUGAUCGAUUACCUGAAUGAACUACAUGAAGGUUGCUUAUCUGCAUACACGGGUAUUAUCCAAGGUCUCCGUAAUUCAGCAGCAACAACCGGUGAUUCUUCGGCUGCAUUAGCAGAAUUAGAAUUAGUCACGGCACAAUUACCAUUUAUAGUGCAAUUCAUUGAAACCAUAGCACGUGAUCAAAACAAAUCGGAUUCAAUCCUGGGUGCAGCUAUCGGUUUAAUUGGUGAUCUUGUUACAUCUUAUGGUCGACAGAUACUUCCGUAUGUUGAAAGAGAAGCAAUUGAGAAACUAUUAGUCGAAGGCAAACGAUCCAAAGUAAUGAAAACGAAAACGUUAGCAACAUGGGCAACGAAAGAAAUACGAAAGAUCAAAAACAAUUGA